AUGAAUAAAACUGAAAAUGUUUUCAAAUAAGAAAAAAUAUAAAUCUCUGAAUCUUAGGUUGCUCCUUUAGACAUAAUAUCAAUAAUUCAGUAAAAGUACACCAGAAAAGCUAAUGAAUGCAACGAUUGUAAAACUUAACAUUAUCUACUAGAGAUUAUCAUUAAUGAAAUUCCUGAAUCAUCAAAAAUUAUUGACUCGACUCUUCAAAAGUAAGAUAGCCAACAAUAGCUAAUAUUUCAAAAGGAUAUCUAUGCGAGAAAUUCCUUUAAGAGUGUGGGUUGCAUCUGUCGAAUUUGUGAAUUUUCGGAAUAUAAAGAAAAUCCUCUAAUUCGUGUGUGUAAAUGCAUUAGAUCUCAAAAAUACGUGCACGAAUAUUGUUUGAAAAAACUGAUCAUGAAAAAAUAUAGAAACAAACUUAAUUAAGCAAAAUGUGAAAUCUGUUCUGAUACGUAUUAAAUGGAACUCCAAAUUGAAAAAAUAUUCGCUCCUAAAAUAGCAUGGUCGCAAAGCAAGGAUAAACUACCUUUAUUUUGUUUAUUGGUCUUUUUGAUUGUGAUGAUAGUCGUUGUAAUCUUACUUGGAAUUCGAUUAUCAGAGGCUAAUUAAAUUACUGAUCGGAAAAACUUUCUAGAUUCCAAAUCUUUCUUAAUUUUAUUUGUCAUCUUUUCAGUGAUUAUUAUUCUAAUAUUGUUAUGGCUGAUUGCAAUGAUAGUCAAAGGGUUGUUAAUUGUAGAGAAAAUUAUACUUUGGAAACUAAUAGAAUUCAAACCAGUGAAGAAAUCUAUACUUAAUAAAAAUAUAUUAAUUUCAGACCUCAAAUAAUCAUUUCGAAAAUCUAAACUAUGUACUGAAUAAGAAACAAUGUAAAACAGGACAAGUAGGCAUCAAAAUACAUUUAAUAUAUAAAAACAGAAUCAUAACUAAGAAGAUCAAUAUAUUGAUGUUGGUGAAAUAUCUACAUAAAGAAAUUAACUAAAAUAAGUUGCAGGAAAUGUGCUUACUAUUUAAACUGAUCCUCGUUCAACCAAAAGAUCAAGAUUUUCAAUAAUUUGA